GCCGCUUGGAGUCAACCUUAUUGGAACGCGAGAGAAAAUGGCAGCCUCCUUAGAAGUGUGCCAUGUAGCUUGCUCCGCUAACCGCGCCGGCCCCGGAGUGAUUUCUUGGGGGAGAGGAAAGCUUUUGGCGUUCGGGUCCUGUCGCUCAGUCAUUCUCUACGACCUACAGAAAAGAAAAGUAGUGGGAACACUGAAUGGUCAUACUGACAGAAUUAAUUGUGUUCAGUGGAUUCACAGAAAAGAUGGAUCUUACGAGACAGAAUUAAUAUCUGGCGGGUCAGACAAACUUCUUAUUCUUUGGGAAAUUCAAAAUGAGAAGCUUGUGAAUGAUGUUCACCUUGAAGGUCACACUGAAGCAAUUUGUGCCUUAGAUGCUGUUUACAUGACAAAUGAAUCCACAAUAAGAUCAAAUCUAUUAAUAGCUUCUGCAGCUUCAGAUUCUACUGUCAAAAUCUGGUCCAGACAAGGAACAGAAGUUAAAUGUCUUCAGACAUUAUUGUUUGGAAAUGGAUUUGUUAUGGAUGUUUCGUUGUCCUUCUUGCCAGGCAAUGACAUACCAGUACUGGCUUGUGGUGGUGAUGACUGCAGAAUUCAUUUAUACGUGCAACAGGCUGGAGAGUUUCAGAAAUCUUUACUACUAUAUGGACACGAAGACUGGAUAAGAGGAGUUGAAUGGGCAGUUUGUGAUGGAGAUCUGUAUUUGGCAAGCUGUGCUCAGGAUUGUCUGAUAAGAAUCUGGAAGAUGCAUGUAACUUCAUUGUUUGGGGAAAUCCAAGAUGAGGACACUAUUAGGUUGAAAGAGAAUGUCUUCAGCAUAAAAAAUAAUGAUGGUGUAGAUAAAUCUUUCGCAGUUACCUUGGACUCAGUGCUAGCUGGCCAUGAAAACUGGGUAUAUGGAAUUCACUGGCAGCCACCAUGUUUCAAAGAUGGCAGAGUGGAACAGCCAAUGAGGUUACUAUCUGCUUCAAUGGACAAAACUGUGAUCCUGUGGUCUCCAGAUGAUGAAUCUGGAAUGUGGUUGGACCAGGUCCGAAUAGGAGAAGUGGGAGGAAAUACACUUGGAUUUUUUGACUGUCAAUUCAGCCCAGAUGGCUCAAUGAUUCUUGCUCAUGCUUUCCACGGAGCACUUCAUCUUUGGAAACAGACUUCUGCAAACAAGAGAGAAUGGGCUCCAGAAGUGAUGAUUUCAGGGCAUUUUAAUUGUGUUCAAGAUGUGAAGUGGGAUCCAGAGGGAGACUUUAUAAUCUCCGUUGGUUCUGACCAAACAACAAGGAUAUUUGCUCCAUGGAAAAGAGAGAACAACCCAGAGGUGUCAUGGCAUGAAAUAGCAAGACCCCAAGUCCAUGGGUACGAUAUGCAGUGUAUAGCACUAACGGGGCGGUUUCAGUUUGUGUCUGGAGCAGAUGAGAAAGUGCUUCGUCUAUUUACCGCACCUAGGAAUUUCAUUGAAAACUUCAGCAGUACUUCUGGAAUAUCUCUGGAGAAAUUAUAUUCUGGUCAAAUGCUGGAUCUUCCAGAAGGAGCUACUGUACCAGCCUUAGGUUUGUCCAAUAAGGCUGUCUUUCAAGCUGCAGGUACAAGAACUCAAACAACUGAAGAAGAAAAUCUCAGUAAUGCUUCCAGCCAGUACCCUGAAAAUUACUUUCAGCCAUGUAGUCUUUCAGAGCCUCCCACAGAAGAUCAUCUCUUGCAGAAUACACUUUGGCCUGAGACCCAAAAGUUAUAUGGACAUAGUUAUGAAAUUUUUUGUGUUGCCUGCAAUAAUGCAAAUACUGUGAUAGCCUCAGCGUGUAAGGCUUCUAAAAAAGAAUACGCAGCCAUUAUUUUGUGGAGCACCACAACCUGGAAACAACUGCAGAGCUUACCUUUCCACAAUCUGACAGUGACACAGAUUUCUUUUUCCCCAAAUGAUAAAUUCUUGCUAGCAGUUUCAAGAGAUAGGAACUGGUCGCUUUGGAAAUCUAAUCAUAUCAACCCAACAGAAUCAGAACCAGCUUUCAGCCUCUUUGCUUAUACAGAGAAGAACAUUGCUGUGCACAGUCGUAUCAUUUGGACUUGUGACUGGACCCCAGAUAGCAAUUAUUUUAUUACUGGAAGCAGAGACAAAAAGGUCAUGAUCUGGGGUAAAUGUUUAGCAGAAGAGAAUAAAGAUAAGGACUUGGGCCCAAUCCAGCCUUGUUCACCAGUCUUGGAUGUUGGUGAUUCAGUCACUGCAAUUAGUGCUAGUCAUACACUUGCUUCUGAUGGGAGCUUCAUAAUUGCCAUUGGGACAGAAUGUGGGAAGAUUCAUUUGUACAAAUGGAAGCCAGGUGAUAAAAGGGUGCCACUUUCUGACUGGUGCAAGUGUGUUGAGACAGAUAACAGCCAAAGCCAUACCCUUGCUGUCAAACAACUGCAGUGGAGGAAGCGCGUGGGCAGAGCAGGGCAGGACACAACAGAGAGCAGCAAGUGGCUGCAGCUGGUGAGCUGCGGGGCAGAUCACUGUGUCAAGAUCUUCAAUAUCAAUCGGCACAGCCUUUAAAUGAUGACUUUGGGGCAGGAAUACUCUGAUUGUUGACAUCCCUGAGUACCAGCCAUUUCCUAAACUGAUUUAUUGAAAAGAAGCAAAAAUUGGACUUCUAGCUCUGAGAGCUAUGCAAUCUGACACGUAUAAACUGAAUGUACAUAUUAAAGCAGUCUGAGAAAUAAAAUAUGGGCAUAAUAUGGGCAUGGGUUCUGUACAAGCAAGCGUUCAUUCUAUGCUUAGCAGUGGCCACUCCUCAUAGAAGGUCCCUAUUUGCUGAGUGCACUGUAAUCCUCACACACCUGGAACAGAUAUCAAAUGGAGAGACGAGCACACACUGGGAGAAAGAGAAUGCUGUUUCUUGUUUCCUUCUCUUUUGUAAAAACACCAUGUGCAUUUCAGCUUAAAGCUGCAGGGUGGUUGUGUUUUUGCUGCACAUCAAGCAGGCUCACAGUAGAGUGCAGGGAUUCUAUUUUGAAGUCCAGUUUUGUAACUUCUGGAAUAGGUAAGGGGUGGUUGCAGUAGAGACCAUUGUUUUUGAAGUGUGCAGGCUAGGGAAAUUUUGGGGAUGGUGGUUAGGUGGAACUGGAGAGUGGAAGAAAUGGAUGCUGGCAGAUUGCAACAUUUGUGGUCUUGGAUUGGAAUGGAAGCAGCAGGAGAAUAAACAGUGGUUCCUCCAAAGAAACCAGAAGAUGAUCCAAACACACAAGAAAGAGUGAGCUGUAUCACCCUGAAUAGAGGUGCCUGUGCAAGGUAGAAAAAGGGGUGGAGAUCCUUGGUUGUUGUUGCUGUUGGUGGUGGUGGUGGUGGUGUUACAGCCCCUGGGCACAAAUCUCUGAUAUGGCAAAUGCCCUUAAAGACUGAGCAGUUGGAAAAGGGGAGAGAGAGAGAAGAACAAACAGUGGGACAAAUAAGAAGACAAAUAAGAGAUCCAGGAACCGAUGUGCCUGGAAUGAAGAGACCAGAGGGAAGACCUGACGGCAGGGACUGUUGAGUUGGAAGGAGACACAAGUACUACAAAUGAGUCCCUGUGGGCAGCUACUGUGCCGGUUAUCCGUGGCUGCUCAAAGACUGGCCGAGAAGGGCAACAUGAAUAGAGUUGCAGUUCUAUAUGAGAGGCAGGGAGGGCAGGAAUAAGGCCGUGCUUUAAAACAGAAUAUCGGCCCUCCUUCAUCAGAGGGCCAUAGUGAGACUAGCGUA